UGGACCCCGAGGCCCUGCCCUACCAGACUCUCGCUCCCGCGUGUCGGCCACGCUCGACACUGUGUGAAACACUGCCCGACAAAGACUAGCACCACCACGCUGCUACACCUGGCCGUGGUGGAAAAAUCAAAGUCCCAACCGUAUGCGUUGGCGCAGGUGCUUGUCAAGGAAGAGGGGAGGGGGAGAGAGAGGACAGAGGACAGGGGAGGGGAGGGGGAGGACAGAGGAAGGAAGGGGAGGAAGCCGACUGCGCGCUCCGGCUGGGCGCUCGAGGCCUCCACAGCCGUGAACCAGCCCGCGGGCUCGGAUCAAACGAAGGGCACCACGAUUGGGAGAAAGAAAAACGAGGCGGAGCAGGGCGGAGGACGGAGGGAGGAAGGAGGGGAGGGCGAAAGCGCGCUCUGGCCGAGCGCUCGGGGCCUCCACAGCCGUGGCUCUGCCCGCGGGCUCGGGUCCGGCGAUCGGCGCCGCGAUUCAGAGGAAGAGGGGCGAGGCGGCAGAAGGAGGCGAAGGGAGGAGGGAGAGGAGGGCGAGUGCACGCUCCAGUCGAGCGCUCGAGGCACCUCCACGGCCCUGCAGAGAUCCGAUCGGACCUGCGGCACGGCCCAGGAAGACGGCAUCACGAUUCGGGAGGAGGAGGAGGAGGAGGAGGAGGAGGAGGAGGCGGGAAGAAAGAGACGAGGGGGGGGGAAGUGA